AUGAUGGAGUCUCUGGUGAGAGUUACAGAUUCCUUUGUGAAUACCGUGGUCCAAUUUGGAUCAAAGCUCACAAAGGGUUUGCUGGAAGAUCCUGAAACGGGACACAAAAAAGAAUUCACUGAAACCCAAAGUUACCUCGCCCUGAAAGUUCCACCCUUUGUGUUUGAAGGGGACAUUUUGGAAUUGUCCUGUGCCGCGUAUCCUGGGUACAGCGCUGGGGAAGCUGAACUGCACAAAGGAGAUCAGUUUAUAGGUUCCUCGCACUCUGGGAAUUUCAACAUCGGAAGCGUAAACAUGAAAACUAGUGGUUCCUACACGUGUUAUAGAUCAGUAAAACACCAUUUAAUUUAUUAUGGUAAAAAGAGCAGUGUGUACAUUUCUGUAAAAGAGCUCUUCUCAAAGCCAAUAAUAUCUGUGAAUUCAGGUCAAAUUCAGAUCAAUGAAGGAGGUCACAUGACCAUAACAUGUGACACAAAGCUCAGCCCACACAGAGCGACUACAGAGCUACAGUUUGUUUUCUACAGAAAUGGGCACAAUGUGCAGGGAUUCAGUUUAUCCAACCAAUAUGGAGUCCCCUCAGCUCAGAUGGAGGAUUCUGGGAAUUAUACCUGUGAAAUAAAAGCUCAAUCUGGGGGUGUGAAGAAGGAGAGUGACCCAAAAAGUAUCCAGAUAAAAGCACAGAAGCUUUCUGAUGUGAGUGUAAGACUUGAGUCAGCAGGAGGACAGGUUAUUGCUGGGGAGAGGUUGGAGAUUCUCUGCUCAGUGGAAAAGGGAAUGGGAUUAUUACGUUAUUCCUGGUGUAAACAAUCCAGUCUCAGCUGUGACACCAAAGAGUCUUCAGCUUCGGAGCAACGGUUUGUGGUAGAAAGUGUUGCUGAAGAUUAUGGAGGAGAAUAUCAGUGCAUCGUUACCAGAGCUGCUACUGGGAACUCCAUGCGAAGUCACAAGUUCUCCAUCUCUGUCCGAGUGAAGUUGGGCAAACCGGAGCUAAAACUUAGUCCUGGCAAAGUAGCUGUGGGGGAUUCUGUGGAUCUUUUCUACGAGUCCAAGAGUGGAUCUGUCCCAGUUGAUUAUGAAUUCUAUCACAGGAAUGAUUCAGUAGGGAAAGGUAAAGCUGAAAAGAAGGAAGAUGCUAAAUACCAGGUGACUGUCACCUCCAUCACCAUGACUGGACCCUACUCUUGUGCCUUGCAAAAUGAGGUCUCCAGCAAAAUGCAGCUCAGUGAGGGAGUUGUUUUGUCUGUAAUGGAACCAGUGGCAGAUGCCAGAAUUACCCCUGGGGAAGAUGAACUUUCAGUAAAAAUGGAAAACAAUCUGUGCUUAACCUGUUCUGUAGAAAAAGGCACUAGUCCCUCGUUCCUUUGGAUUUAUAAUGAGACAAUUGCAAAUAAAUCAGGACUGUUCCAGAUCCAAGAAUCUGGGAAAUUGCUUUGUAUAGAGUCAGCACAGCUUCACCAUGCUGGGACAUACAGGUGUCAGGUCAGCAACCAACUUUCAUCCAACAGGAUCUUCUCUGUUACCAGCAACAAUGUCACCAUAAGCAUCUCAGAGAAGAGCUAUCAAGUGAUGGGAAUUGGAAUCACAGUGGCUUUCCUGGUUCUACUUUUUGUUACUGCCAUUGUUACCUUCAAAUGCAGGAGCAACAACUGUUGCCAUUCCCCAAAAAGUUCAGGUAACACCACAUUGUUCUAG